GUUUCAAGGCGCGCCUCAAGCGGACACAUUUGCAGCCAACGCGUGAAGUCGGUUUCUGUGAGACUGACUUCCUUUGGACUAUUCAGAUCCAAAGUUUAAAAAAAAAUACAAGCAGCAAUAAUUAAAAGUGCUACUGGCUUGGUCGUGCUCAAUCAAUAUCAAGUUCGGUUUUGGUUGACCUGGAGACAGCACCGAGUGACUUAGCGCGUUACUAAGUGUGUGAUUAAAUUAGUGCCAACACAAUUGGUCUGAGAGAGUGUUCUGAGGUUCGAACGAAAACGAAAAUUUUCGGAAUUGAUCUAAGUUGUUAGCGAACUGUACAUAUUUUGUUGAAGUAAGCCGAAUAAGCCGGUUCAGUUUGAGUUCAGUGAGAUCAUCCAAGUUCUUGAAGCAAUGCCUCGCCCGGUUAAAUUUUUCUACGACCUGCUGUCGACGCACUCGCGAGCCCUGUACAUGUUCUUCGAAGCGACCAAGAUUCCGUACGAUCCGAUUCCGGUUUGCACCACCAAAGGUGAGCACCUAGCCGACCAUCACAAGGAGAACCUGGGCCGGUUUCAGCAAGUGCCAACGAUCAUCGACGAUGGCUUCAAACUGUCCAAUGGAGUCACGAUUCUGAAGUAUCUGAUCCGCGAGAAGCUCAUCCCAGAGCACUGGUACCCGAGGGAUCAUAAAACUCGUGCCCGGAUCGAUGAGUACCUCGAGUGGCAACACGACACCACCUCCAAGGUGUUCAAUGCAUUCGUCCAGCAGAAGUAUCUGGCCGAUGCAGCGAGACAAGAAGAGGGCAAGGACAGCAAUCGGGUGGAACAGUAUCGGCAACAGGUCAAUCAAAAUCUCAAUCAGCUGGAACGCGACUGGAUUGUGCCCGGGCGAUUCAUCGUUGGCGAUCGGAUAACGAUUGCUGACAUUCUGGCUGCUUGUGAAGUCGAGCAGCCCAAGAUUGUUGGCCUGGAUCCGUUCGCCGGAAGACCUCAGCUGGCCUCGUGGGUCGAGAAGGUUCGCUACACCAUGAGUCCCUACUAUCAAGAAGCGCAUCGUGAUUUUUACAAAUUUACCGAAAAGGUGGCGAUGAAAAAUUAAGCUGGCCUAAUUGACGGAAUUGAUUGGAUGUUUGUAUUUUACGUGUAACGUUAAGAUGUCACCAAUAGCUUUCAUAUGUAUCAUAUACAUUUUGAAUAUCUACUUAAGACUUAAGCUAAGAUCGAGUGUUGGAGUUUAGAUCAUUAAACAAUGGUUUGAUAACUAA